AUGGACAGGACAGUUCAUAUGAUUGGAUUUCCUUCCAAUACCACUGCAAAGAAUCUGAAGGAAUUUCUUGAAAAUAAAGUGGGUAAAGACAAUGUUUACGCAAUCAGGAUUAGGGAUACGAGAGCUGCGAGUACAACAAAACAGGCUUUUGUUAUGUUCUCAAAUGCCAAAAUUGCUGAACAAACUAUUAACAUGUCCCGGUUUGGCCUUCGGUAUGGCGACUCAAAUAUGCGUGUUCAACCCGCAAAAAGAGACUUUGUACCAAACUCCACAGCACUGCUUUGUCGCAUGGACAAUGUAACCCUGCACUUUGGCUGUCAACUUUCAAAAGAAAGGUUCUGUGUUUUGUGGAAGAAAGCAGAUGUUGUAAUGAAAUUUUCAUUUGGAUUCGGAAAAAUGCUUUUUUUUCUGUCUCAUGAUGAAAGGGAUUAUAAGCUAGAUCUUCCAUUUGACAACAUUAAGCAGAUAUAUCAGUUUCAAUCUGAAAAAGUUCUUCUAAUUCAGUUAUAUGGAGCACCCAGGAUAUAUGAGAAGGUUGUACAAACAGCCUCUAAUGUUUUUGAGAGCCCUUUUUUCAACUAUAUCAUGGAUGACUAUGAUGAUCAAUGGGUACGAACAACUGAUUUUACUCCAUUAUGCCUUAUUGGGCACUCUACAGCAUUGUAUUUGGAGUUUCCUGCAAGUCUACAACUUCCGAAAUUUGAGGAGAACUCGGUUUUGAGUAAAGAAGUUGAAGAAAAGAUUGAGUUGGAACAUGGUGAAGCUUUUUCCGACAAUGAAGAUUUGGUUCCUAUUGUAACUCCUCCCUCCGGUGAAUGUAUACCAUUUCAGAUAGUGUAUCAGGUUAAUUCGUUAAUGCACAAUGGGUGCCUGGUAAGAGUAGAUGCGAACUUUUUCAAGCAUAUUAAUUCAUUUGAACUUAGCUUUGAAUUUUUACAGCAGACCUUUGAGAAACUGUUUUACAAGAAAGAGUGUUGCUAUAAUCCUCUUAGCUGGAUUAGUGAGCAGCAUUCAAAGUAUCAACCUAAUAAGGACGCUCAAAUGUCACUUCAUCUAUCUCCAGAUACCGGUUUCGUAUAUGUGCGGAGGAUUUAUAUCAGUCCCUGUAAGGUGUAUUUUUGCGGUCCGGAGCUAAAUGUGUCAAAUCGUGUGCUACGGCAUUUUUCAGCAAAAGCUGACCAUUUUGUACGCGUAUCUUUUGUUGACGAGGAGCUAGAUAGGUUGUAUUCAACUGUUUUAGCUUCUCGUAUUUCGUCUGAGAGAACUGCCAUCUACAAUAGAAUUCUUUCCGUCCUUCGAAACGGAAUAAGUAUCGGCACUAGCAGAUUUGAGUUCCUCGCGUUCUCUUCCAGUCAAUUGCGUGAAAGCUCCUGUUGGAUGUUUGAUUCAAAAUAUGAUGUUAAAGCUGCAGAUGUCAGAAAAUGGAUUGGCAAUUUCCAAGGAAUACGGAAUGUGGCUAAGUAUGCCGCGAGAUUGGGUCAAUCGUUUGGCUCGUCUACUAAAACCCUAAAUGUCAGUAGGGCUGAAUUGGAAAUUAUAGCUGAUAUUGAAGUCGAAACGAGAGGAACCAAAUAUUUGUUCUCCGACGGAAUCGGGAAGAUAUCAGAAUCAUUUGCUAAGAGAGUAGCUUUAAAAUGUAGCUGCCAUGGCACUCCUUCUGCUUUCCAAAUUCGUUAUGCCGGAUACAAGGGCGUAGUGGCACUUGAUCCCAAGUCGACAAAAAAAUUAUCUUUACGGAAGAGUAUGUAUAAAUACGAGUGUGACAAUACGGGCUUGGAUGUACUUGCAUAUAGCAAGUAUCAGCCUUGCUUUCUCAAUCGGCAGUUAAUUAUACUUUUGUCAUGUCUUGGUGUUCCAGAUUGUUGUUUUGAGAAAAAGCAAAACCAAGCUAUUGAGAUGUUAACUGAUCCGUUAAGGGUUGAGGAAGCACUGGAUAUGUUUUCAGGAGACACUGAUGUUUUAAAGGAUAUACUCUCUUGCUACAAGCCUGAUGCUGAGCCGUUCCUAUGUAUGAUGCUUCAAGCUUUAGGCGCAUCAAAAUUGGUCGAAUUGCGUACAAAAACUAGAAUCUUUCUUCCAAUGGGAAGAUUGAUGAUGGGCUGCUUGGAUGAGACCAGAACAUCGGACUACGGACAAGUAUUCGUGCAAUACUCCGGUAUUAAAUCGAAUCAGCAACAUGUCUGGGUGGGAAAAGUGGUAAUUGCUAAAAGUCCAUGUUUGCAUCCGGGGGAUGUUCGCGUUCUAAUGGCUGUGAAUGUACCGGCUUUGUCACACAUGAUAGAUUGUGUAGUUUUCCCACAGAAGGGAGCCAGACCUCAUCCCAACGAAUGUUCGGGGAGUGAUUUGGACGGUGAUGUCUAUUUUGUCUGCUGGGACCCAGACUUAAUUCCAUGUAUCCAAAUUCCACCUAUGGACUACACGUCGGAGGCAAGUGUGCAGCUGGAGCACGAUGUUACAAUUGAGGAGGUUGAGGAGUAUUUUGCCAACUACAUUAUAAAUGACAACUUGGGAAUCAUUGCUAAUGCUCACGCUGUAAUUGCUGAUAGGGAGCCUGGGAAAGCAAUGAGUAAGCCGUGUCUAGAACUCGCUAAAAAUUUCUCCAUUGCAGUGGAUUACGCAAAAACUGGAAAAGCAGCUGAAAUACCUUCUAAUAUACGUGUUAAGGAAUAUCCCGACUUCAUGGAAAAGUCCGAUAAACCUACCUAUGAGUCUAAGAGUGUGAUUGGGAAGUUAUUCCGCGGAGUGAGAGACGUUGCUCCUCAUACGAACCAUAUCAAGACAUUUACCUGGGAAAUGGCGAAUCAGUGUUAUGAUUCUGAGAUGGAAGUUGAUGGCUUUAAUGAGUACAUAGAUGAUGCCUUCUGUUACAAAAAGAGUUAUGAUUACAAGCUCGGAAAUCUUAUGGACUGUUACGGCAUCAAAACCGAAGCAGAAAUUAUCAGUGGAAACAUAAUGAAAAUGUCGAAAGCUUUCAACAAGAGAAGGGACCCUGAUGCUAUUGGAAUGGCAAUUAAAUCCUUGCGAAAAGAGGCUAGGUCUCUGUUUAAUGAAAAGGGAAGCUUAAUUGAGACUGAAGCUUCUGAUGUAUAUGCCAAAGCCUCAGCUUGGUAUUAUGUUACAUAUCAUCCUAGUUACUGGAAUCGCUGCAAUGAGGGGAUGAACCGCGAUCAUUUUCUUAGUUUUCCGUGGUGUGUUUCUGACAAGCUGGUGCAAAUUAAAAGGAACAAAGCAAAUAGUUGA